AUGGCACCUUUACACUCGUUUAUUUGUUUUCUGUCUCUCGUUUUGAGCGUCCAUGCAGCACCUUGGAUCGUAACCGAUGACUAUGAACAAGAGAUCUACACCGACGUCUAUGGAUCAAAAACAGUCAAAAUCAACAAGAUCAGCCCAACGGCAGUACUCCCCACUGAGGCUCUGUCCACUAUAGUUUCAACUGCCACUGAUACUUACGAUGACUACACCAUUGUUGAGAAAUUAUAUCCAACCGGCUAUGGCAUUCAUCGUGGUUACAAUUAUGAUGGCUAUUACAGCAUGGCUAGCGAUGGAAACUACCACACCACAAUCUAUAAGGUCAACGUGACCUACUCGGCCCCAACAGGCUGCUCAACUACAUGGGCAGCAAUCACCACUGCCGUGCCUGUGACUCCCCCAAAUGAAAUCCGCAACCUUCUCCCCAAAGAAACGGUCGGCAGCUCUACCUCCGUCGACAACUCACAGCCUUUUCAACCGACAACUUAUGUGUACGAAAUCAUCUUCGUCGAUCCAACCCAAGUCCCAAGCUUAGACUUGAGCUCCGCAAGCUACUGGAACAGACCAACUGCGAGCUACACCGGCCUCGGAUGUCAGUAUGGCGUCCCUUAUGGCCCUAUGGUCAGCGACCCCUACGGCGCCUCGCCCUACAGCGGUGGCAGUGGGUAUAACAACGGUGAAACGUACGGUUACAACGACUACUAUGAUUACGACUGGUUCACCAGUAAAUAUGGAUUGGGCAUCGGGAUGUCCGGCCUGGCACUGAUUCUUAUCUGUAUUCUCGGCUGGGCGGGUCUCUUCUUCUUCCUGGGCAUGAUCGAAGCCUGGGUGAGAUUCCGUCGUCUGAUGACUGGUUGGCAGACUCGUCGUGGAUUCCCUCUUUUCUGGGCCUUUUCUUGUUUUCCCAUCUCGCUUCUCUUCCUGUUCUGUUUCCGGAGAGGAUUCCGUACGCGCAGUAGGGAGGAUGCGGAGAUUUUGCAGAAAAGGUGGGAUGCAAUGAGUUUUGGGACCAAGUUGAAGCUGUACUUCAUUUGGGGUUUCCGAUUCAAGUAUCCUACUGUGCUUGGACCCGCACCUGCGAGGGUGAAGGGUAGUAAGAGGCCGAGUGAGUCUGGGCCGCGGUUGUUAGAGGCGACCCCACCUGUUACUGCUGCUCCUUCGAGGGCUGGGUCUGAAAGGGCUGUGUCUGGUGAGAUGCAGCAGGCUUCUCCCCAGACUUCUGGUGUUGUGUCGGGGAACAGGGAUCCGGAAAUUGGUCAGGCUCAUUGA